AUGGCCAGGCUCGCCUUCUUCGAUAUCAUAUACCUCAUCGCCGCCGCGAUUGCGCGUCAUCUCCUUCAUUCUGAGUACGAUGUGUCAGUGAAAGAAGUCUGCAAGGGUGCUAUAGAGAAGUGGGAAAGUUAUGUCUACGACACAAGUGGCUUGAUCACGCGUGACCUCUCCACACCGCCAAAUGUCACCACAGGCAUCUUCGUUGCAGUCGCGACGCUCACGGUAAUCUUUAUGUUCUACGUCGACGUCUCCAGAUUUUGGUGCAAACUCCUCACCAAGACGUGCGAGUGGCGCCAAGUCCGGCAUCAACUUGGUUCCAAAGAUGGCCGCUAA